AUGGCGACCGUUGAGUGUGGAAAGUGUGCAUCGAUACGCACUCAAUUUUUGGGCCGUUUUGAGUACAACAUCCGGGUAUUAAAGUGUACUGCAUUUGACCGCACUUUCGACAAUGUGAACGAAGUGUACUCAAAAAACCGGGUGUUCAGAGAGUGCCUGGCUAACGGCAGCUGGGCUUCUCGAGGAAACUACAGUCAGUGCACGGAGAUCAUCGUCACGAGGAAGACUAAGCUUCAUUACCAGGUUGCUGUGAUCAUCAACUAUCUCGGUCACUGUUUCUCUCUCGGAGCUCUGCUGCUGGCGUUCACUCUGUUCCUCAGACUCAGGAGUAUUCGCUGUCUGAGGAACAUCAUCCACUGGAAUCUGAUCUCAGCGUUCAUCCUGAGGAACGCUACCUGGUUCAUCGUCCAGUUAACCAUGAACCCUGCUGUUACCGAGGGCAACCAGGUGUGGUGCCGCCUGGUGACAGCAGCCUAUAACUACUUCCAUGUGACUAACUUCUUCUGGAUGUUUGGGGAAGGCUGCUACCUGCACACGGCCGUCGUCCUCACCUACUCCACCGACAGACUCAGGAAGUGGAUGUUCAUCUGCAUCGGCUGGGGUAUUCCUUUUCCAAUCAUCGUUGCCUGGGCUUUAGGGAAACUUUUCUACGACAACGAGAAGUGCUGGUUUGGAAAGAAGGCGGGACUUUACACCGACUACAUCUACCAAGGCCCAAUGAUCCUUGUCCUGCUGAUAAACUUUGUUUUCCUGUUCAACAUCGUUCGAAUCCUCAUGACAAAACUGAGAGCGUCCACAACCUCCGAGACCAUCCAGUACAGGAAAACGGUGAAGGCCACCUUGGUGCUGCUGCCGCUGCUCGGCAUCACCUACAUGUUGUUCUUCGUGAAUCCCGGAGGAGAAGACGAGCUCGCUCAGAUCGUCUUCAUCUACUUCAACUCCGUCCUGGAGUCCUUCCAGGGUUUCUUUGUCUCCGUCUUCUACUGUUUUCUCAACAGCGAGGUGCGCUCCGCGGUCAGGAAGCAUUGGGUUCGUUGGCAAGACCGUCACUCCCUCCGCAGCCGGUCGGUGCGCGCCUCGUCACUGCCGACCUCCGCGAGCAGAGUGUCCUUCCACAGCAUCAAACAGACCUCCGCCCUCUGAUGGAGCCCCGCCCCCUGAUAUAGCCCCGCCCCCGAC